AUGAAGGAGCUACUCACCAAAAAGAGGAAAUACAUUGAAGCAGAAACCAUUGAAGUACAAGGCAACUGUAGUGCCAUCAUUCAAAAGCUUCUCCCACCAAAAUUUAAAGAUCCUGGUAGUUUUACUAUCCCAUGCACCAUUGGGAAAUUAGCUAUUGAUUUGGGAGCAAGCAUCAAUCUAAUGCCUCUCUCGAUGUUUAAGAAGAUUGGAGAGUUAGAAUUGAAACCUACUCGUAUGACUCUGCAACUAGCUGAUAAAUCCAUUAAAUACCCUCAAGGAGUGGUGGAAGAUGUGCUAGUCAAGGUUGACAAAUUACUCUUCCCUGUGGAUUUUGUUAUAAUGGAAAUGGAGGAGGAUACAAAAGUUCCUCUCAUUCUUGGGAGACCAUUUAUGAAGACUGCAAGAGUGUUAAUUGAUGUUGAUAAUGGUAAACUUAAGGUAAGAGUGCAAAAUGAAGAAGUAAACUUCAAUGUUUUUGGAGUUAUGUCCCACCCAAAUGAUGAUGAAGCAUGUUUCCAAAUUGAUGCAUUGGAUGAAGUAUGCUUGAACACUGAGAAGGUAGCUUACAUUUCAUUUCCUCUUGAGAAGACACUUAUUGAUGCUUGUGAAGCUCUCAAUGAAGAGGAAGAAAAAUUGAUUGAUGAAUGUCUGACUAACUUGGAGACUCUAAAGGAAAUCCCUCUUCAGGAAGUGGAUAUUGAAUAUUUAAAUGCCAAGGAGGAAGUCAAAGAUGGCAAACUUGAGUUAAAAAUAUUACCCCCACAUUUGAAGUAUGUAUUUCUAGAAGUGGGUGGUAACAAAACAGUUAUCAUCAACAAUUCUUUAUCUUCCACAGAAGAAGCAAAAUUGAUUGAAGUUCUCAAAGCUAAUAAGGAAGCUAUCGGGUGGACAAUAUCAGAUCUCAAAGGAAUAAGCCCUUCAUAUUCAUGCAGGAGGACUUCAAGCCAGUAG